ACAUACGGCGAUACGACGAAGAAUAUGAACAACGGCUCGCAUUCACUCUAGUGGAGAGUAACACGCAUAUUUGUGAACAUAAUUUUCGAUCACACGUUUUGAACAAGGAGAAGUAUCAAGAUGGCACCAAAGAAGGGAAGCAAGAAGCAGAGCAAGCCUGCUGCCGUGAAGAAAUCGGCCGAUCCUCUUUACCCCUCCAAGGCCAAGACCUUCGGAAUYGGUGGAGACAUCCGACCCCAAGGACGUGACUUGAGUCGAUUCGUCAAGUGGCCCAAGUAUGUUCGCAUCCAGCGUCAACGUGCUGUCCUCUACCAGCGAUUGAAGGUCCCACCUUCGAUCAACCAGUUCACCAAGACUAUUGGAAAGAACGAGGCCAUGACUGUCUUCACUCUUUUCAACAAGUACCGACCCGAGACCCCUGCUGCAAAGAAGCAACGCCUCAAGGAAGCUGCCGCCGCUGCUGCCGGAGGCAAGGCUGCCUCUGGAAACAAGGCCCCUAACUGCAUUAAGUUCGGACUUAAGCACGUCACCACUCUCAUCGAAGAGAAGAAGGCUGARCUUGUUCUCAUCGCAUGUGAUGUCGAUCCUAUUGAGCUYGUCAUGUGGAUGCCAGCCCUUUGCCGAAAGAUGGAAGUUCCAUUCAUGAUUGUCAAGGAUAAGGCCCGACUUGGUGCUUUGGUUCACCAAAAAACCGCGGCCGUCGUUGCCCUCACCGGUGUCGGAAAGGAAGAUUCCGCCCAACUCAACCUUCUCAAGGAAUCUGCCCUCGAGCGAUACAACAACAACGCCGAUUUGGUCCGCAAGUGGGGAGGUGGUGUCAUGGGACUUAAGACCCAGGCCAAACUUGAAAAGCGUGCCAAGGCCAUGGCCAUCGAAGAAGCCAAGAAACUUGCUUCUCUCGGAAAAGCCUAAGCAAUAGAUAGAGAAUAACURUGUAUCACUACUUGUACAACAAUCUUUGGCUGUUGACAUGCCCGCYGUGGCAUCGAGGCUUACUCUGGAGUACUUUCUAGGUAAUGAUAUUUAGUUUGUGUUAAAUCCCCCUAAUAGAGAAGAAAAGUMUGU